CUACAACCCACCACAAACGUGAGUAACUGAGCAUCAUCACCUCAGCAACCAUCGUCGAAUCAUCCACUGACCAUCGAGCUCGCUACCACGUUCUCCCCACCAUUCGCAUCCCUGUCUCCGCAUCCAUCCGCUCCACGCCCCCGCGCCGCCGCAAUCCGCACCGCGCCACUGAUCUGCUGGCUACCAUCGUCGCUUCCGUAUCGCGACUCACCGGUGUUGCAACUCGACCCCACUCAACGCGAUUACACACAACGACAACGACGACGCGAAACAUCGUACAACCACUCAACGUCUUACAACAACCUUCGAUCACACUACUCCCUUUACUCUCAUCUCGUUGACAACGUGUCUGCUCGCUACCAGCAAGAUGGCCCGCACUAAGCAGACCGCCCGCAAGUCCACCGGAGGAAAGGCUCCCCGCAAGCAGCUCGCCACCAAGGCUGCCCGCAAGUCGGCGCCCGCCGCCGGAGGUGUCAAGAAGCCUCACCGCUACAAGCCCGGUACCGUCGCUCUCCGUGAGAUUCGUCGCUACCAGAAGUCGACGGAGCUUCUCAUCCGCAAGCUGCCCUUCCAGCGUCUUGUCCGUGAGAUUGCUCAGGACUUCAAGACGGACCUCCGCUUCCAGAGCUCUGCCAUUGGCGCUCUUCAGGAGGCUUCCGAGGCCUACCUCGUCUCUCUCUUCGAGGACACCAACUUGGCUGCCAUUCACGCUCGCCGUGUCACCAUCCAGCCCAAGGACAUCGCCCUCGCCCGCCGUCUUCGCGGUGAGCGCUCGUAAGCGUGCCGCAUGCCGCAUGUCGCAAGGGUAGACGCUAGUCGUAGAGGCUAUCACCCAUCGCCGCGAUCCCGACUCGACCCCCAUAUCCACACGCACUGUCGGUGACUCCACGGCAGUUCGUCGUCCAUCCAAGGCGAUGCGCGGCGUGCUCGAGUCACGACGUCUCUUCUUGUCAUUCCUGUCUCUUUGAUACGAUCCUGAUUCCAUUUCUGUACCGAUAGCGAUUGCGAGAAAACUCCGGCAGACUCGAAUGUACGCGUACGAGGCCGCCGACACAGCUCCUCGCACCGUCGUAUCCAGUGCGAUCUGCGUUGGAGCCAGCUGGCCGGUACCAUACUCUGCAAUCACGAUGUGGCUUUAUCCAAU